UGUUCAUUUGUAGUCUUCCUCUUUGUUGAAGUAGAUCCUUCCCUAUGGCUUCUUCAUCUCCAUCUCGUCUCUGGAACUACGAUGUGUUCCUCAGUUUUCGUGGGAAAGACACCCGCAGGAAAUUCACAAGUCAUCUCUACACAGCACUUCGUUAUAGUAAUAUCGUUACUUUCAAAGACGAUAGAGAGAUUGAAGCGGGUGACACAAUUUCCGAUGAAAUCUGCCAAGCGAUUCAAGAUUCUAGGUUCGCUGUGGUCGUUAUCUCGGAGAACUACGCUACUUCUAAGUGGUGCUUGGAGGAACUCCGGAUGAUAAUGGACUUGCACACUGAAGAUAUGAUCAGAGUCGUUCCCAUCUUCUACGGAGUAGAUCCCUCUGACGUGAGACACCAGACAGGAAGCUUCGACACUGCUUUUCAAGAAUACAAAGCGCCAGAAUUGACGGAGAAGGUUCUCCGAUGGAGAUACGCGCUUGGUCAGGUUGCCAAAUUGGCAGGCAUACAUACCGAUGAAAUCUUAGACGAGGCUACAAUGAUUAAAGAUAUUGUUGAAGAUAUUUCAAGUCGGUUGUCAUAUAUGCAUCCAAUAGAUUUUGGAAAUGUUGUUGGAGGGGAGGAUCACAUGGAACGAAUCACUUCUCUGUUGGAUAUGGAAUCCGAAUCUGGAGACGAGAGUUGUAUGAUUGGGAUUUGGGGAAUGGGAGGCAUAGGCAAAACCACCAUUGCUAAGUGUCUCUAUGAUCGAUAUUCUCGUCAGUUUCCAGCUCACUGUUUCAUAGAAAACGUUAAGGAUAUAUGCAGAGAACAUGGACUCUUAUAUUUACAAGAACUAAUGCUUUCCAUAAUCCUCGGUAAAGAAAAAGUUGUGAAGCUGUGGAGUGUAGAGCACGGAUCUCAACAGAUCGAACUAAGGCUUAGUCACCGUAAAGUUUUUCUUGUCCUCGACAAUGUGGACGACGUGAAGCAGUUACUUUUCCUGGCAGAAAAGCCAAGCUGGUUUGGUUCAGGGAGCCGAAUCAUUAUAACCACACGUGACAAGGGUUUGCUCAAGACGCGUGGUGUAAACAGAGUACAUGAGGUUAAGUGUUUGGAAGAAGACGAUGCACUGCGUUUGUUUAACCACUUUGCUUUUCAAGGAGGAACCCCACACUCUCAUAGUUAUAAAGAACUCUCAGUCCGAGCUUCUCGGCUUGCCUAUGGUCUGCCUUCUGCCCUUCAAUCUUUUGGCUUACAUUUCGCUGAGAAGACCACCUUGGAGGAGUGGAACGAAGAGCUGCAUAUAUUUGAAACUUCUCUACCUCAAAGUAUUACAAAAAUCCUAAAAACUAGCUACGAGAGUUUAGACACAAGAGACAAGACUCUGUUUCUUAAUAUUGCAUGUCUUUUUAAUGGAGACCAUGUCCGGCGUGUCAGGUCCCUUCUUGAUGAAGGUGAAUCUAGAAUAAAAGGUUUAGCGGCAAAGUCUCUGAUCGACAUUUCUACUGAUGGGUGUAUAACUAUGCAUGCUUUGGUUGAACAAACCGCAAGAGAACUCGAGAUUGAAGAAGCUAUAAGCAUGCCCCGGAAGUCAAGAAUCAUGUGGGAUCCUGAAGAAAUUUGCUAUGUACUGAAAAAUAACAGAACGAACGAUCAAUUAAUUGAAUGCUUGUCACUACAUACGUGUGAGAUGCCUAAAAGUAUGUUUGUCAUGGGGAGCGUGUUUGAUUCUAUGCAUGGCCUCAAAUAUCUCAAGUUGUACAAGCAUUCACAAGAUACGGACUCCAGGCUAAAACUGAUCACUUCUAACGUUUCCUCCACUUCCGGUAAUCUUAGGUUACUGCAUUGGGAUGCCUAUUCACUGAGAGCUCUCCCUUUUGUAUUUCCUACGUACUAUCUCGUGGAACUCAUUCUACGUUAUAGCAAUCUUGAAACCCUUUGGGACAAGAAGCCGGAUCUGAGGAAGUUGAGGAAACUAGACUUGUCAGGUUCUAAAAGUCUGCGCAAAGUUUCAGAUCUCUCAAGCGCCAUCCAGCUCGAGGAGGUGAAUAUGGAAGGCUGCACGUCGUUGGAGCAGAUUCCAGCGUCCAUCGGUAGGUUACCUUCUCUAAGAAAACUAAAUCUAUCCAAAUGUGUUGGCCUAAAGAGCAAUGUUGUGGUUAUGAAAGAAUCAACGGACUUUCAAAGAUGCAGCAACAUGCAGUCCCGGCCUGUCGUAUUGGAGUUUCCAGCUGCUAUGGAGACACUAAUACAUCUUACAGAUGUAUCUGUCGAGGGAGAAAUCAGUAUAUUGUUGUCGUCUCUUAAAGGGCAGGCAGGUCACCUCUCUUUUAGUACCGAGAAACAUAUCCCAGAUGAAUCGAUGAUGUUCGCAUCAAAGCUUUACGGUUUCAGAACACUCAACAUCAUGCGGUCUAACUACAGCAAGUGUGGUUCUUCUUUCACAUGCUAUAGAUUUUCAGACUUCCCCAUCUUGACAGAAUUAAAUCUAGUCAACUUGAACAUUUUAGUCAUCCCCGACGACAUUGGUCAGCUGGUUUCCUUGGCGAAACUAGACCUCAGUGGAAAUGAUUACAAGAGCUUACCAACAGCUAUGAGAAACCUUUCCAAGUUAAAGUAUGUUAGGCUUUGUAACUGUCGGGAGCUCAAAGCAUUACCAAGACUACCUCAGGUGGAAACACUCAUACUCUCAGACUGUGUUAACCUCAAGUCAUCUAUGGAAAUAUCUGUAGAGGAAGAGCCGAGCAGGUACAGUUUGCUUGAACUUUCCCUCGACAACUGCAAAAGUGUUGAGUCGCUAUCGGCUCAGCUUGUUCACUUCACCAACUUAAGAGGGUUAGACCUUAGCGGUCAGGAAUUUGAGUCGGUGCCUACGGGGGUUAAAGAUCUACUCUCGCUACUAACUCUCAGCCUUAAUAACUGCAAGAACCUCAAAUCAUUAACAAAUAUCCCACUGAGCCUCAAAUGUCUCAAUGCACAUGGGUGCAAGUCAUUGGAAACUGUUUCGGUUUCCAAAAAUCAUUCUUUAGAGAACGUUGAUCUUGGCCAUUGCUUGCGUUUGAAGUUAGAUACUCAUCUAAUCAGUCAGCUUCAAAUCCAUACAAGCAAUGAGGUAUCAUCACAAUGCGGCUGCUUAUAUCAACCAACAAAGAGCUUCCUAGAAAUCCAUCCCGUGCAGAUUUGUGCAGCCAUUGUGCCUCUCGGUUUUGCUGCCAUUGUCAUGGUGUUAUGUCUUGAUUUGUUGCCGUUUCAUUAAUCUUUCUGGGUGACCUCCAGACCAUAUUACUUACAUCAACCAUUCAAGACAUGCUAUCUUUAUGAGGAAAUAAAACUACUCUUUUGCUUGGUGUUUCGACUUUUUAUUUUAUUUUAGAUGUCUUAAGAAAGGGAAAUAAGGCAGUAAUCAAAUUUUUUUUUAUAGUCAAGAACGAGAUAAUAUUUUUCCACACUGGUCAAGUGGUCCAUCCAUUUGCUUACUGUAUCUUUUGACCCAGUCCGUAUUAAAAACUAAAUUCAUGCAUGA